AUGGACUCAAGAUAUCGUUUUUCAGCAAAUAUACCAAAUCGUUAUGACCAAAGAUCAAAUAAUAAUCAUCCGAAUCAUAUGAAUAAUGGAAGUCGUUUAACUCCAACAUCCACUCGUUAUUUUCAUCGAGUUUCACCCAUAUUUCCUCCUCAUCAUCAACAACGUCUUCAUAAUCCAUCAUCAGUAUUAUCUUCGUCAUAUUUGGGCCCAUUACAACAACAUCGACCACGCUUUCUUUCCACAUGGGAUCUUACUCCAACGCCUACUAUUUAUCUUUCGUCACGCAAUAUUGCUACGACUACACCGACACCGACAUCAGUGUCGAUGCAACAGGAUGAGGAUCGCACACAACUUCAAUCAAUGCCAGCGAAAGAUUUCGCUGAUUUAGUUAUGUUACCACGUGAAUGGCGUCGUGGUGAUGAUUGUAUUCAAUGGCCUCGAAAUCAUGAUUAUUAUAAUAUUGAAUGGCUUGAAAAUCUUUGGAAAUAUAUAAAUGAAAAAUUUCCAAAUGAUUUAUCUAUGCUUGAAAAUACAAAUAUUCUUUAUUUACAACCAUUAUCACGUCCAUUAGGUGUAUCAACAGCUAAUAAUACAAUAUCAUUAUAUAAAUUAUCAAAAAAUAUUGGUCUUAUACAAUUACCUAUUGUUCCAAGUAAAGAUGAUUUAGCUAUACAAAAAGUUUUAUUAAAAUUAAAUUUUUAUUGUAUUGAACCAUUUCCGGAAAUGAUUCGUCGACAUAAAUGUAUUGAUGAAUAUGUACCACAAUUAUCAUGUUUAGGUUUAUUACAAAUAUUUAAAUGUCGUUUAAGACAUUUUACACAAUUAAAGAUUCAACAUGAAUUUAAUACAUUGUUAAAUGAACAUGAUAUUAAAUUAUUACGACAAUAUUUAUCACGUAUAAUGACACAACAAUUAGAUGAUUCAAAUAUUCAAUGUAUUAAACAAUUACCUAUAUUUGAUAAUGCUUAUUUAAAUACUGAUUUAAAUCAACCACAAUAUAAAAAUAUUAGUUUAAAUAAUAUUUUAUAUAUAUAUGAAUCAGGAAUAAAAUUACCUGUUGAUUUACAACCACCGAAACAAUGUAUUCAUGUUACAGAUAGUGAUUCAAGAGUUUUAUUAGAUAAAUUAGGUUAUGUUAUACAUGAUUUUACACAUGUUGCCAGAUAUCUUAUAACAACAAUUGGACAACAACAGCAACAAGCAAAUAUACAACAACAGCAACAGCAACAAAAUUCAUCAACAAUUAAUGCAACAUUUAAAAAUGAUCAACAAAAAAUGUCAUUUUUAGGCAAAUGGCUGUUAUCAAAUUGCGCAAAUUUAAUUUUAACUGAUGUUGUUUGUCAAGAUAUAUUAUCAACUAGUCGUUUAUUUUUAAAUCGUACCGGCGAACUAUGUUCAUGCCAACAAAUGUUUGAUCCAUCAUCAUUUCAUUUAAAUAAUAAAGAAAAAUUUUUAACUUUAUUUGAAUUAAAAUAUUUACCAUCAAUUGAAAUAUGUUCAAUAAAUGAACAUUUAAUUUUACUUAAACAUCUUAAAUUAAGACAAUAUUAUGAUAUAAAAUGUGAUGAAUUAAUUGAUAUAUGCGAAUUAACAAUAAAAGAAUCAACAACAACUGGUAAACGUUCAUUAAUGUUUUUAUUAGCUGAUUUUAUUAUUGAUAUAUUAAAUCAAAAUCCAAAAUUAGUUGAUGAUUAUUCUCAAACAAAACGUAUUAGUCUUAAACAAUAUUUAAAUAUUACACAAUGGAUACCUGUUAUGCUCGAACGACCACAUUCAUAUCCAUCAACACUUACAUGGCAAGGUUCCAUUGAUUCUCGUCGUCCUUUUGUAACACCACGUGAAGUAUGUGAUAAAUCUCAUGCAUUUCUCGUUGGUGCUACAGCUCUUGUAUCUUCUCUUGAUUUACCUGAAUCAUUUGUUUCUUCAAUACGUUCAUCAAAUUCAUCAUCAUCAUCAAAUCGUUCAUUAAUCGAUAUGCGUGAAGUAAAACUUGAUUUAUUAAUAAAACAAUUAAAAUGUAUUGUUUUAUGUUAUUUAAAAUGUUCAUUACAUGAACAAAAAAGUGAAACAUUUGAUUAUUUAAAUUUAUGCAAACGUUUAUAUGAUGCAUUAUCCUAUAUAAAUAAUCCAAAUGAUAUAUUGAAAGAAAUGCGUAUAUGUGAUUUAGUUGAAUGGAUAUGGAAUGGUACAAAUGGUUUUUCAUCAUCAAAUCAAUUAUAUCUUAUUGAUAAAACACAUCCAUUAGCAUCUUAUGUUCAAAUACUUCCAUAUGAAUUAUAUAAUUAUAGGAAAUUUUUUGAAUCAAUGGGUGUUAAAUAUCAACCUGAAUCAGCUAAAUUAGAAGAAUUAUUACGUAAUCAACAAAUAUAUGAUGAAAAUUUAUUUAAAUGGAUUAAAGAAACGUAUACAACAGAUCGUCGUUUAUUACAAAUGAUAAAUGAUCUUGAAAUAAAAGCUACUAAACAAAUGCCAACAAAACCUAUCCCAGACGAACAAACAAGAAUAACAUUUUCAAGUACAUUAGAUUUAUCAGAUGAUAAAAUUUAUCUUUAUCUUCCAGAUAUAUUUAAUAAACAAAAUAAUGUUAAAGAAAUUGUUGUUCAAGCAUUAACAACUAUUUCAAAAGAAAAAAAAUGUCAAUUAUUAACUGAAGAAGAUUAUUUUAUACGUAAAAUGUCUGGAAAUGAAUAUCAAAAAAAUUUAUAUGAUCAUUAUCGUGCAUAUAAUGAUUUACUUUUACCUAAUUUAAAUGUUUUGCCUAAAAAUGUCAAAGAUAUUCUAGUUUUAUUUGCAUUAGAUCAUGCUGAUGCAUUAAUGUUAAAUAUUCUAAAACAACAUUGCUGUAUACCAUGUACACCAAACGGAAGAAUUUUAAAUAAACCAUCAAAAUUAAUACAUCCAUAUUGUCGUUUAGCAUCUCUUUAUUCAGAUAUUGAUUCAUUAUUUCCAUAUGGUGGACAAGAUUCAUAUUUAAGAGAAGAUAGAUUAAAUGUUUUAAAAUUACUGGGGAUGAAAUGCGAUGAUAAUCUUUUAACAUGGCCUGAACUUGUUGAACGUUGUGAAUCAAUUCAACGUAUGCGUGAUUAUGAUUUAGCUCAUGAACGUUCAUUAGCACUUCUUCAAAUUCUUAAUGAUAUGUUAACAUUAUCAAAUUCAAAUACAACUCGAACAUAUGAUGAAAAUGAUGAUUCAUCUGAUCGUCGUUCACGUCAAUCAGCAUCAAUAUCACGUGAAAAACCAAUUAAUUCUCAAACAUCAACUGUUCAUACCCAUGAAGCAUUACAUGAUAAAGAAGCACGUUCACGUGCAGCAUUACAAUUACGUGAAUUACCAUUUAUACCAAUAAAACAACGACCUAUAGAAUUAAAUGGUAUUAGCUUAACAUGGAUGGGUGAUAAAUAUAUUGGUCGAUUAUUUAAACCAAAAGAUAUUUUAUCACAACAAUAUGAACAAUUAGUUUGUUGUUCAUGGCCAAUAGCACAACAAUCAAAAAAUGCACAAGAACAACCAAUUAUAACAAAACAAGUUGAACAUUUUCUUGGCCUUGAUGAUAUAAAUAAAAUUGAAUUACGAGAUGUACUUAAGCAACUUGAUGAACUUGCUAAAUUAACUGUUAUUAAUGGUCCUAGUUCAGUUACUUAUAAUCAUCAAAUCACAUCGAAAUAUAUACUUGACAUGAGUUAUUCAAUAUAUGAUUAUAUUCAAUCAUACUGUUUUCCACAUUUAAAAACAAAUGAACAACGUACAUCAACAAUAAAAUCUAAUCAAUUGGAACAAUCUAUACGUGAUAUACGAGAAUUUUUUUCUCAACGUCGUCUUAUUUAUAUGAGUGAUUCAUCAUCAACGGAUACAUAUUUAUUUUUAUCAUUAUCACAAUUAUUAUGGCAUGCACCAAAUCGUACAUCAUUAUCAAAUAGUUUAAAACCAUAUUUUUAUGCAUUACCAGUAACAUUACAUAAAUAUUAUAAGAAUUUCUUUCUUGAUUUAUUACAAAUUAAAAUACAAAUUGAUGGUAAAGAUCUUUUAAAUAUAAUUGAACAAAUUAAAAAAAAAUAUGGAACAAAACCAAUUGAUAAAGAUGACUUAACAUUAUUACAAAAUAUUUAUACAUUAUUAAUUGAACAAUAUUCAAAUGUUUUUAAUACAAAUAUUAUUUUACAUUUACCAAAUGUUGAUUGUGUUCUUCAUGCUGGUCCCACAUUAUUUUUUUAUCCAUUCGAACGAGAACAUAUACUGUCAAAUCCAUCUUCAUCAUCGCAAGACGAACACUAUGUGCAUCCAUCAAUUGAUCGACGUGUUUGUUUAAAAGCUGGUGUAAAAGUACGAAAAACUCCUACAGUAACAGCAACAGCAAGGGCAUCAACGCCACCACCGACUCCAUUAAUAGAAUCUCAAACUGCAACAACAAAUAUGUCAACAACAAAUUCUUCGCGUGUAUUUCCAAAAAUAUUUGGUAAUAAAAAAUUAGAAUCUAUUUUAGCACGUCUGGAUGAUCCACAUAUAAAUCCUCAAUUAGUUGAAAAUAUGGAUGAAUCAAAUCCAAAUAUUGUCUUAGAAUUUUUACUUGAAUUAAAUAAACAUGUACAAAUAACAAAUAAUUUAUCUGAUGAUGAUAUUGUUAUUAUAUUAAAAUACUUUAAUGAUUUUUUAAUACAUGGCUAUCAAGGUAAUUUUCAAAAAUUGCGCGAAUUAAAAAUCUAUAAACCACUUUGGGGUGUUGUUUCUACUGAUGAUAAACAACAACAACAAAUACCUAUUCAACAAUGUUGUUCAUUAGAAAAUUUUGCUCAUGUUUACAUUUUAAAUGAAGAUUGGUCAAAUAUAAUUCGUCGAUCAUUUAAAAGAAAUUUUUUUAGUGAACAAUUUCAUGAAAAAAAAACUGUUUUACUAAUGCAAAAAAAAAUUGAACCAUUAAGUAAAAUAUUUUCUCAUAUACGUUUUAAUAUUUUAUCAGAUUUGGAAAUAUUUUUACAAUUAUGUUUACCAUAUUUUCGAAAAUUAGAUGUUAAAUCUCAAGCAAAUUUAUUAAAAUAUUUUAUUGAAGAAAUUGAUGAAAAAUUAUUUCCACAUGAAAAAGAACAAUGUAGAAAACAGUUACAUGAUCAUUUAGAAAUAUUUACACAGACAUCGAUGAAUAAUAACGAUCAUUCACAAAAAGCAUCAACAGGAAUGUCAAGAGCAUCGCGUGAUCCACCUGAAAUCUGUCCAAUUUAUGAAUUAUAUGAUCCAAAUAUUAAAAAUAUUCGUUCUAUCUUAGAUGUUCAUCAUUUUCCUGAUGAACAAUUUCAUACACCAACAUUAUUAAAGUUUCUUAAGGAAUGUGGUCUUCGUUCAUAUAUAUCAACGGAUAAAUGUAAACAAAUCAUGGAAUCAGUCCAACUUAAUAUUAAACAAGAUGGUUGGACAAAUGAACAACGUAAACGUUCAAAAUAUUUAUAUGAACAUUUAUUAACAAAUUGGACACGUUAUGAUAAUUCAAUAUUAGAUUAUAAAUUUCUUGAACCAUAUCAAAUGCAUUUAGAAAAUGAUGAAUUAUUACAAUUACAUGAGCAAUAUACAAAUUCAACAGAAACUAAUCUGAAUGAUAGUUUUCGUUUUACAUGUAUUAAAUUAAGCGAUGGUGAAUUAUUAAAAGAUGCAAAAUUAUGUUGGACGUCAUCCUAUUUAUUACCAGAAUUUAUUCGUCUUGAAUGUUAUAAUGAUUUAAAUGAUCAACAAGAACCAAUCGAUCAAAAUGCAUUAGAAUUUUUUAAAUUAAAUAAAAAACCAUCAUAUGCAUUAGUACAAAAAAAUCUUGCAAAUUUAGCUAAAAGGUUUUCAUUAAAAUAUGAAAAACUCAAUGAAGUCAAAUCUCCAAUAGAAAUAACUCAACAAAUGAUUGAUGAUAUUUUAAUACCAGUAUUAAAAUCUAUUUAUCAUUAUUUUCAAAAUGAAAUUAAAAUUGAACGUCGCACUGAAAUUUAUAAAGAAUUAGAAGAUCGAGAAUGUAUUUAUUCUCGAACACGUCGUCAAUUUUUACAAGCAAAAUUUUUCUGUUUAAAUCUACCUGUAACUGAUGAAAUUCCACCAUUUGUUUUUUCAUUAGAUAAUGAUUUUCAUGAAUAUAAAGAUUUUUUUCUACAAAUUGGUACUAAACCUGAACCACAUCCAAUGUUAUAUGGUGACAUAUUAAGAAAAUUAUCAAAAGUUUGUGAACAAGAUUAUUUAAAUUCAAAUGAAUUAUGUAAAUCAUUGAAAGCUAUGGAAUGUUUUUUUAAAUAUUUAACAACAAGUACAACAGUUAAUUCACAAACUAGAUUACCUGGUCUUUAUCUUGUCUCGAAUGAUUUUAAAUUAGUUAAAUCGAAUGAUAUUGUAAUCAUGGAUGAUAAAACAAAACUUGAUUACAUGACAAAAUUAGUUCAUGAUAAAUUUAUGUUUAAUCCAAAUGAACGUGUACUUAAAUUAGAUCCAUCAUCAUCAAAUUCAAAACAAACACCAUCACCAACAACUUUACGUGAUAUAGUUGAUAAAAUAUUUGUUAGUCAACGUCCAAUAUUAUUUAGUCAAAAAUAUGAAGAAUCAUUUUCAAUAACUAUACCUGAAGAUGAAGAAUCACAUCGUCAACGUUUUCUAUUUAAUCUUGAAAGAAAAUAUAAUCAAUUAUUAUCAUCACGUCAUUUACAUCGUUGUAUGGCACGUGUCAUAGCUAAUCAUGUUGCACGACAACAAAAUCCUAAAAUAAUUUCAAUUGAUGAUGUUGAAAAUUUAAUACGUCAACGUUUAACAUUUGUUAAAGUAACAUGUGUUGAAUAUCUUGAAACAAAUUUAAUAUAUAAAAAAACACAACAAAAAGUUGAUCAAUCAGUUGAUGAAAAAGCUGUUUAUUUAGUUGUUGAGGGAGAAGAAAAUAUUAUUUUAUAUAUUAGUAUGAAACAUACUGAACAACCAUAUUUUACAUUAUGUUUAGCACGUGCAUUAAGUCCAUGCUUAGGUUUAUCAGAAUUACAAUUAGAUAAUUCUGUUAUGGCUGCUUUAUUAGCAACAACAAUUGGACAAAUGUCUAAAUUAUUAAAUUUAGUUAAUGUUGCUACAGAAGAAAAUAUUUUAUCUAUACUUAAAUUACAAUAUAUACCAUCACCGGGUAAUGUUUAUGGUGAUGAUGUUGAACAAUUACAACAAUUUAAUAUAGAACAACAUCAAGUACUACCAGGAGAUUUAUGUGUUUAUCGUAUGAAUGAUUUAUAUAUUUAUUGUGAAGUUGAAAAAAUUAUAAAAGAAAGUGCAAAUGAUCAAAAUGAUACUAAAGAUGAAUGGUCAUGGAAAAAAACGGAUUCAUCAUUAUCAUAUUUAUUUAUAUGUAAAAUAAAUGAUGCUAAUGAAACACAAAAAAUAGAAGCAUCAAAUUUUUAUGUACUUGAACAUUGGUCAAGAAUAUUUGAUGCUGUACAUACAAAACCAGUUGAUGAGAGAGAUUCAUUUAAAUCAUCAUCAUCAGCAUCAUCAUCAUCGUCAACAACAACAACUACACCAGGCAAAAAUGGUGAUAAAGAUAAAUUCAAGGAUGAAAAAACUCACUCCUCUUCAAAACGUUCAGAAAAAUCCAACAAUGCUGAGGAUUUUACUAGUGAUUCAUAUUCUACUAAUGGUUUUAAUAAUUUUAAAAAAUAUGGUCAAACAUCAGCUGAUAGUGAUUCAUCAAGUAAUACAGCAUCUGAAUCACAAUCAGAAUCAGAAUCAGCACAAACAAAUGAAGAAGAUAAAAUUGAUAAAACUGAACUUGAAUUAACUAAAACAGAAAUCUAUAAUGCUGUUCGACAAGCAUAUCAAUUAACUGGACAAGAACGUAAAAAAACUGUUAAAAAAUUAUUAUUAAAAUGGCAUCCAGAUAAAAAUCCCGGUCGUGAACGUUAUGCAGCUGAAGUUUUUAAACAUUUACGUAAACAAAUCGAUCAUUUUGAAAAUGAUCCAUUAACAUCAUUUUUUAAUACAUUUAAUAAUUUUCAUCAUACACCAUUUUCUGCAUCUGAUCCAAGAUUUAGUUGGAAUAAACAUUCAAAUACAACAAAAACUGAUCAUCAUCAUAGUACAUCAUCAACAACAGCUGAUGAUCGUUUUGGUAGCUUUGAUAAUUUAAAUAAAGAAUCAAAUGAUGAUACAAAACGUAGCUAUCAAGAUAUACCAAAAGAUCCUACAGAUACAAAUGAUGCAAAUAAAACACGUUUCAGUCCACAUCGUUCGUCAUCAUUUCGUACAGCACGUGAAGAAUGGCAAUAUCGUCGUCAACAUGGUUUUCCCAGACGUCAUGGAUUUUUUACUCCAACUGAAGAAAAUGCAACUAAUAGUACAAAUACUACAAAUAAUACAACACAUUCACAAACAUCAUCAUCAUCAACUGGAGGAAUCUCGGAUCCUAUUUUUGAAGAAAGUCCAAAUUCACGCCGUAAACGUAAUUAUCAACAAUCAGAAGCUGAUCGAUGGCUUAAACAAGCUCAACAUGAUUUGGAAAGUUCAUAUAGUGAUAUGCAUUCAUCUACUGGUCAAGUAGCAUAUGAUUGGGUUUGCUAUAAAUGUUAUCGAGCAGCUGAAAAAGCCUUAAAAGCUUAUCAUUAUUAUAAGGAUACGGGCAAAAAUAUGACAGCUGAUAUACCAGGUUUAUUAAUUGGUGUUGAUAACGAUGUACGAGAAAUAGGUUAUAAAUUAUAUAAAUGGAUUGGUGAUCCAAAUCGAAUGCAAUAUCCUAAUGCAGCACGAUUUGCAAAAAUUCCAGCUGAAGUAUUCACUGUUUCUCAAGCUGAACAAGCCAUUGAUUAUACAAAAGAAUUAUUGAAGAAAAUUGAAGAUAUUAUGUAUCCGUGA